GGCCGGAAGUGUGGGCGCCGGGGCCAGCGCGGGGUGGAGGAGUGGGUUGGGGUUGGAGUUAGGGUUGGGGGAGGACCGGGAGGGGCGGCGUUUGGGGUACUGCUUCAGGCGGUAGCCAUGCGGCGGGACGUGCGCAUCCUGCUGCUCGGCGAAGCCCAGGUAGGGAAGACAUCUCUGAUCCUGUCUCUAGUUGGAGAGGAGUUCCCGGAGGAGGUCCCUGCCCGCGCAGAGGAGAUCACCAUCCCUGCCGAUGUGACCCCGGAGAAAGUGCCCACCCACAUCGUGGAUUACUCAGAAGCGGAGCAGACCGAGGAGGAGCUUCAGGAGGAGAUCCACAAGGCAAAUGUGGUGUGUGUGGUGUACGAUGUGUCUGAGGAGGCCACCAUUGAGAAGAUCCGAACCAAGUGGAUCCCCCUGGUGAAUGGCAGGACUGCUUCAGGGCCUAGGUUGCCCAUCAUCCUGGUAGGCAAUAAGUCAGAUCUUCGGCCAGGGAGUACCAUUGAGGCUGUGCUGCCAAUCAUGAGCCAGUUUCCUGAGAUAGAGACCUGUGUGGAGUGUUCAGCUAAGCACUUGAGGAAUAUCUCAGAACUGUUCUACUAUGCCCAGAAGGCUGUUCUGCAUCCCACGGCUCCCCUUUAUGACCCUGAGGCCAAACAGCUAAGACCUGCGUGCGCCCAGGCCCUCACUCGCAUCUUCAAGCUCUCAGAUCAGGACUUGGACCACAUGCUCAGUGAUGAGGAGCUCAAUGCCUUCCAGAAGUCCUGCUUUGGACACCCUCUGGCCCCACAGGCCUUGGAGGACGUGAAGAGGGUAGUAUGCAAGAAUGUUGCAGGUGGUGUUCAGGACGAUCGGUUAACCCUGGAAGGCUUCCUUUUCCUGAAUACUCUCUUUAUCCAACGUGGCCGUCAUGAAACCACGUGGACCAUCCUCCGGCGCUUUGGUUACAGCGACUCACUGGAGCUGACAGCUGACUACCUUUGCCCACCGCUCCAUGUACCCCCUGGCUGUAGCACAGAGCUUAAUCACCAUGGCUACCAGUUUGUUCAGCGGGUAUUUGAGAAGCAUGACCAGGACCAUGAUGGUACCCUCUCUCCCAUGGAGCUGCAGAAUCUCUUCAGUGUGUUCUCAGUGGCCCCCUGGGGCCCUGAGCUGUCACACACAGUUCCUACUGAGGCCGGCGGGCUGCCUUUGCAUGGAUACCUCUGCCAAUGGACCCUGGUAACCUACCUGGAUGUUCAACGCUGUCUUGAGCACCUUGGCUACCUGGGCUACCCCACCCUCUGUGAGCAGGACUCCCAGGCACAGGCUAUCACAGUCACCAGGGAGAAGAGGCUGGACCAGGAGAAGGGGCAGACACAGCGCAGUGUCCUCAUGUGUAAGGUGUUGGGGGCCCGAGGAGUGGGCAAGUCUGCCUUCCUACAAGCCUUCCUUGGCUACAGCCUGGGGGAAGCCAGAGAACUCCCUGAGGAACCUACCAGGCACACCAUCAACACAGUUCCAGUCAACGGACAGGAGAAGUACCUGAUUCUGUGUGAAAUGAGCGUUGACAGCCUGCUGGACACCUCUCUGGACACCACCUGUGAUGUCGCCUGCUUAAUGUUUGACAGCAGUGACCCCAAGACUUUUGCACACUGUGUCAGCAUAUACAAGCGCCAUUAUAUGGACAGGCAAACCCCCUGCCUCUUCAUCUCCUCCAAAGCUGACCUGCCGGAAGGUGUUGCCCCACCAGGCCUGUCACCAGCUGAGUUCUGCCGCAGGCACCGGCUCCCUGCCCCCACCCCAUUCUCCUGCAUGGGACCAGCACGACCCAGAACUGCUGUCUUCACCCAACUUGCUACCAUAGCCACUUUCCCACACCUGGUGCACACAGAGCUGCACCCCACUUCCUUGUGGCUCCGAGGGAUGCUGGUGGCCAUUGGGGCUGCAGUGGCUGCUGUUCUCAGCUUCUCGCUAUACAGGGUCCUGGUGAAGAGCCGAUGAUGAGAGGCCUAUGAGCCCUCCCCUGACCCAAGUGUGGCACACAGCAGAAGAAUGUGGGCUUUCAAGCCUGGUUGUGUAAUGGCUCUGUGGCCACAGGGUCCCCAGCACUGAUGUGGAGUUCCUGCUCAGGGACUUCAUCUCUGUGUAAACCAUGUUUUCCAAAGACCUGUUACUCUAUGGCAGGGCUCUGUUUUGGCAUGUCUUGCUGAACCCAGGGGUGCAGGUGGCAGGUGUGCCAAGUGUGAGGCCUCAUCCUUAGAGCAUCAUGUAUUAGGGGUUGGGCUCUGGGUUAAGGAAGCUAGUGACCUGGACCACCUACUUCCUGGUUCUAUAUGGCCAGUGGGUAUGCAGGGACCAGAGGUGGUGACCAAGGCAGGGAGGGGCCUAAUGGUCCUGGAGUCCCCACUUUUUCAUCCAGUGUGAAACCUGGAUGAAAGUGAAAUUGGGUUUCCUGAUUAAACUUCACUUGUCUUUUCCAUCUCUUGGA